CAAGCAGUGCUAGUAAUCCUUGUGGAUCCACACAUACUACUACUUAAGUACAUGUCACCGACCAUCUAAUUUUUCACACUGAUAGCACAGUAAAAUCCGAGGGCAUUUUUCUGACCUCAUGCGCCGCUUCCUCCUCAACGGUGUUUGCCCCAAAUUUACCCAACACCGACCGAACUCACAUCCAUCUGUUCGUCCUGUACUAUCAACAUGGCUUUAUACUACGAUGACUCAAGAAGCCACGCAAGCAGACGACCUUCCCCAUUUCAUUUUUGCUGAGGAACCCCUUGGGAUUCCGGCUGAGGAAGCUUUUGAAGCAAAGCUAGGAUUUGGCACUAUAUCGAGCUUGUGGCUUGCUCGUGAUUUGCGGCACGAUCACUAUGUCGCUCUCAAGAUAUUGAACGGAUACGCCAACCAACUAAACAGGGAAAACAAGUUUCAGGAACUGAAAGUACUUCAGCCCCUUUCGUCUGACACGUCAGGUAGUUUUGCUCGACUACUGACCCAUUUCUACCGUCAGGGCAUCGAAGCAGAUGGCGAACAUUUGUGUCUCGUUAUGGAGCUACUAGGCCCCGACAUCCAGGGGAUACGGGCCAGUAUGCCGAACUAUGGAUAUUUACCAUUGCUCGUUAUUUGGUCUGCUGUCUCACUCUCUGUUAUGAUAUUUGAGUUUACCACGGAGGCUAUCGCAGAGUGGCUGAAAGCCAACCCUCCGCUCACCCUCGCAGGCGGGAAGUUUGCGCUAGCUGAUCGGGGUAGUGGUACAUCUUCGCAGACUGUUCUUGGUGGUUGUGUAGCGCAAUUUGACAAUCGUCAGACCACAGACGACAUUACGCCUCUCGGUUUAGGGCCCCCGGAAAUUUUUCUUGCAGGUGAGUGGGAUGAAUCCGUGGACAUCUGGACCUUUGGUUGUAUCGUAUUGAACGCCCUCACUAGUCGACCGUUGUUCAAGCCCACGACAUAUGAAGAGAGGGACUUAAGUGAGGGGACAUGCUAUUGUAUCAGAUGAUCAUGUUUGGUGGGGAGUUCUUCAACGAAGAUCUCCUUAAAAGGCGCUCUCGAAGCCACGACUACUUCGAUAGAAACUGCUCGCUGAAAAAAUUCGACCGCUUCGUGCGCAAGCCUUUCCAGGAGUGCAUCCGCGGCUGUGAAUUCCUCUUUUCUGACGAGGAGAUCGAGUCUGACUGGGAAAAAAUAACUGCCACAGGAUCAUAUGUGAGCAUGAUAGGUACUGUAGCGAGUGGUUCGGCGUAUGUCACAGAUGUGUUUCCUAUCGGAGAGGCGGCGAGGAAGACAACUGUAACGUCGGCGCGUCAAGAAGAGGAUCAUGCAGAAAAUAUGCGUCGUGAGGAAGGCGAUGUAGAUGGUGAAUUCUAG